AUGAUGAGGCAAUGCCUUUCAGGAAUUGACAUAUACUAUAUUUUCAAUAGCUAUAAUUGUGAAGAUAUUUCGCAAAACAAUUAUGAAGAUGUGUGGAGGAGAUCCUUGACUCAAAAGUUAGAGUCAACUUUGAAUUCUCAUCCCACAGCAAUAGACAUAGACAUAAAAUGCCAAACAUAUAAUUUAUUCCUUACUGUUGAGUGGGCCAAUAAUGAAAGUGUUCGCAAAUCGCUGCACAUUCGAGAGGGAACUAAAGGCAAGUGGUAUCGUUGUGAUACUACUGAUUUUGAGCAUGACAUAUCUAGUAGCUUUGAGUUUCAUUUAAAUCUCAGUACUAAAGGAUAUCGUUCUCUGAUAUAUAGUGGGGACCAUGAUGCAGUUGUUCCUUUAAUAUCAACUCAAGCAUGGAUUAGAGCUCUAAACUACUCCAUUGUAGAAGAUUGGAGGUCAUGGCUUUUAGAAGACCAAGUUGCAGGAUAUACAAGGACAUACUCUAAUCAAAUGACAUUUGCAACUGUGAAGGGUUCAGGACACACGCCAGCUGAUUACAAGCCAGAUGAAUGUUACGCCAUGUUUGAAAGGUGGAUAGCUAAUAAGCCUUUAUAA